AUGAGGAUUUUUGUUGCUUUUGAAGGACUUUGUGAACCUUUUGACAUUUCAUCAGAAGACACUGUGAGAGAUGUAAAGUUGAGGAUAAAGGAUUAUUUUCAUGUUCCUCUCUCUGAAGACAAGAAAGGGAGAAGAUAUUUAGAACUGAUGUAUGCUGGAGCAGUGUUAAAGGACAGCUGGAUAGUUGCAGAUGUCGGCAUCUCAGUUUCUUCCACAAUUAAAUGUGUUGUUAAGGAAGAAGACAAGCCAAUUUUAUAUGUAUACAAUGCUGUUACUCAUGAAAAAAUGCCCAUAUUGGGAAGAAUAUAUCUUCUUGCAUCAAAGGUUUCUCAACUGAAAACUCUGGUAACCUUGAAGAGUGGCUUCCCAAACAGUAUUUAUUGUCUCAGGACUCCAGAAGGCAGGGAAAUGUAUGACUGCAACACCUUGAGCGAUUAUCAGUUAGAUAUAGGCACAACCCUUCAUUUGGAUGUCUGGGACGGAUGGAAAGAAUUCCUGACUGGAUGUCUCUUGGGAAACAUACCCAAAGUCCAACACUAUCUGUCAAAGGAAGAACCAGUACUUAGAUAUCAAAAGAGAGUAGCACUUUACAUGGCAGCCUUUUUUGGACACAUUCGGCUUUCAGCAUGGCUCCUGAAACAUGGUACAAAGCCCAAUGAAGCAGUUGGAGUACAUCCAUACCGGGAGUGGUGUCAUGAAAACAAUCAUGCAGAUGUCUCAAAAUGUCCUGUACAUGCUGCUGCAGAAGCAGGCCAACUCAUGAUACUGAAAGCUUUCAUUAAUUACAGUGUAUUAUGCCUUGAAUGCCAAAACUCUACAGGACAAACUCCACUGAAAUUGUGUAUCCAACACAGAUGUAAGGAUUGCGUGGUAUAUUUGGUGACCAAGAUAUGGUCUGUGGUUUCUUAUCCUGAUUUCUCAAUUCCCAUGAAAAUCUAUAUUAAGUUAAAAUUGUGGCUUCUUAAGGCACAAAAUAAGAUUCAUAUGAGAAAACGGUGCAAUCAGACUGCGGACUUCAGGACACGAGUUGGGGACAUCGUCCUUGUAGAUGGUUUCACAAAACCAAAAAUGACUUCCAGAGAUUUUCAUUCAGCCAGAGUUAAGGAUACAGACAGCAAGAGGUGCAAACUGCCAAACAUAACUCUGUUGGAGCAUAAGCACAGUGCACGUGGUUUGAAAGCUUCAAAAGAGUACCUCAACAGGGCAAAUGUCAAAUUACCUCCAAUAACAGAAGCAAACAAGAAAGUUAACAUUGAGAGACAUCAACAAAACAAGAAUACCAGAAGAAAGGAUGUGCAUUUUAGUGCUGAAGAGUGUAUGGACCAAAAUAUGUGUUUAGCAAGAGUUCCCCUGCCUCCCAAUUCUGUUCUCAAACCAGCUUAUUAUUACUCCAUUCCCAAUGUAAUGUUUCUGCUGAAUCCUUCUCUAGAGUCUUUUUCACAACACAGUGGAAGAACACCAAGGGAGAAUGCAAUCUAUUGCUUAGCCAUAGCCAGUGCAUUUAAAGAGAAACCUUGGCUUCAGCAACUGGGCAUCGCAAGAACUUUGGCUAAGAAAAGCAUAUACAAACCUGUGUCCUGACUAGACCCAAUGUUAAAGAAGCAUCUUUACAAGAUGGAUGAUCUAGAAAAGAAAAAAUGUAUUUUGGGAUAUUGUGCUUAAGUAGUAAAGUUACUGCUCUAUUUUUGUCAGCCUCCGGCCAAUAACUGAUACCAGGAACACAUUAAAAAGAGGAAUGUUAAGGUGUAUUAAUAAGUCAGACAUACUACAAAUAUAAUAUGGAUAUUUCUAGGCUUUUAGAGUAAAACUUUAUAUAUAGCGCUGCUUAAGAAAAAGAGAGGCAGAAAGGGAAGAAUUUGCAAAUGGAAGUGAAAGUGUGGUUUUACCACUGAACUCUGGCCCUCUGCUCCCAGACUUCAGAAAGAUCACAUUGUGAGAAAUAGUUUUCAACU